GGGAGGAAUACUAACCAGCCUUGAGCCCUGUGUUUGGAUUUUUACAGAUGGCUCAUUCUUUAGGUGGCUCAAUGAAGCCCAAGUUGAUGUCAAACUGUGUUCUUGGCACCUGGUAAAUCUUGUGGCAGAUAUGUUAACUAAUUUGCUUUUUAUCUCUUUCUUCCUCAGAAUUUCUUUUCUUUAACUAUUGGAUUUGAGCGUAUUAUUUUUUUUUUAUUUUUUUAUUUUUUUUUAUAUUGUUGUAGGUGUCUACUGCUUAUUUGCUUACUGUGUAAGCUUUCUGAUGCUGCAAAGACUCUGGAUUUCCCAGGUAAUCACAUCAUAAAAUGGUACAUGCUCUGCUAUUAAAGGAACACUAUAGCACUUGGCUUACAAGACUAACGCUGUAGUGAUUAUUUGCAUGAUCGGUUCCUGGACACCAGCUGUAAGGCGCAAAACAGCCAUUUUAUUUACCUUCUCUGUUGCAGUUCUAGCUUCCAGCAGAAUUGUAACUUUAAACAUUGGGUUAACAUGUAGGGGACAUGCCACCCAAACCACUCCACUGAAUGGAAGUGUUCUGGAUGCCUAUAUUGUCCCUUUAAUUAUGUAUACUACUAGUGAACCGUUAUCCUGUUUAAAAUAACUCAAGUUGGCUUUUUUGUGCUGUCAGGUUAUCUGUGCAGUUCAACAGGAUUUUGUGAAACUCUUGCAUUUCUUCAAGAUAACUGAAGGGUUCCUGGCAGUGGUAUCCAUUGCAAGCAUGAAAAGUUAGAUCCCCAUCUGUCGUACAUGUUUGCAUGGUUGUAUUUAGCACUGAGCAGUGUUUUAUAAGCCUUGAUUGGAAGUAUAGUUUGGUGUGAGUUUUUGUGGUUUUUAUUUUUAUAUUUUUUUCAAUUUGAAAGCAGAUAUUUACUUGUAUGUAGGUUUGGUGCAAAUUGCUGCCCCUCUCAUUAAUUUGCCAUAUGGGCCAAUGCCAGUUCUGCACAAAGUGUCUUAUCUGAAAAGGCAGUGUGUUUACACUAAAAAGCCUGCAGGCACAGGCUAUAGAAACCAGAACCACUACAUUAAGCUGAUUCUGGUGACUAUAGUGGCCCUUUAAUGUGAGGUAAAUUGGAGAUUAGUGCCACUAAUGUGUUAAUAUAUUAUCUUGCCUACUUACCACCAGAUGAUGGGCACAGGCUGCAGUCUGGUGUAGAAGACUCUGGAGACUGUAACAGUGCUCACAAUUAAUGUACAGGAAGAAGCUCCAAUUUUAGGGGCCACUUGCACAGCUCAAGGGCCUGACCAGGAGUGUGCCUAAAAGUCCACCCGUGAGUUCGCUCACAUGUAGUGUAUAGGGAUACCAAUUUGUGUAGUGUAAAAGAGUGUUUGUGGAGUAGGAUAGGGGCUGAGGGGGGACUAUUUAAAAAAAAAAAUUUUGUGCUCUCUCCUCCAUUCCUGACCUUUUGGUGAUGUUCCCUCCAGUACAUUAGUCAUCUCCCCUGCCCCUUGGUGGACUCUACCCUGUGUCCUGUCCCCCUCCCGUCCCCUCAACUGAAAGUGUAUGCAGAUUAUAAAAUAACCACACUGCAUAUGAGCUAGUAACUUCUACACAAGGAUGGUUUUGCAUUAUUCAGUAUCAUUCUGUCUCUAACAAACACAAGUGAUGUGAAUUAGUUUUAUAGUUGACAUGAAGUAUACACACAUUUUCAGCAUUUAUUUAAGCCAGGCUAGUAUGUGACAGCUGAAAUUCUGGCACAAUAUCAUUCUAGGAUCUGUUUCCUGCCGUAACGAUGGACUGCAAAUUCAAAAACCCAAAGGAAUUCGCCUGACACAAUGGAGGAGUCUCCAUGUUGUAGGUAAGACUGUUUUGAUGCAGGUUUACUAACUAAAGUGAGAACUUGAGGUGAAAUAAAACUGAACUUUAAACUUGUGGACAAAUUAAAAUCAAAAUAGCUGAAGCUAUGCUUGCAGACUUGACAUUCACCUUGUGUUCUCACUUAAGUGACUAACCCUGAUCUCAAUGGGUGUCUCUAUUGGUCUUGUCUGACCCUUCCGGAUUUAUAUAAUUUUUUUUUUUUCUUCUCUUCCACUAUCUCAUAGAUCUUGCUGGAGAUGACUUUGCAGGCUGUGAUGUUUUCAUGGAUGGUAAAGUUGCAAACAUUCCUGAAAACUGUAUUGAACAUGAGGCAAGUCUAAAAUUACUAGAACAGAAAUGUUUCCUGCUCCCAAAGAACUGUAGAUAACUUAGUCCAAAUAUGGCAAAAAGGAUCUAGUUGAAUGUCCCUGACUUGCGCACCAAGCAAUCCAAGACCCUUUCAAAAUUCUGUCUAGGCUCCUGUGAGAUCUUAAUUGUUUCAGAGCUCCCAGAGUCUCUUGUGGUUGUGUCUGGACUGGGUCUAUGCAGAAAAAUACUUUAAGAUGAAGUGGUUUUUGGUGUCCCUAUAACUAUUGUGAACAGUUAAUUGUGAGUGUACAAGGUCUCUUUGAACACUUUAAAAGUGCAGGCCUGUCAUUCUUACAAUGUAUUAGAACUCAAAUAGCAGGACCCACAGCCUUGCUUUCUGGGAUGGGUUCAAAGGUGUGUGGGGUUUCUUUCUAGAGGAAGAGAAGAGACACCUGCAGUCUAGUAGCACCACCUUAUGGAUGCUGUCUGUACUUAAUGAGGGUCCCAAAAAAAAAACUUGGUCUAUGGCAGGGUUUUCUGAACUCUGGCACUCCAGGAACUAAAAUUCCUAUGAUUCUUUGAAUAUGGAAAAAAUACAGCCAGAAAACCAUAGGAGUUGUAGUGCAACAUCUGAAGGGCCAGAGUUUGGCUAAAGGGAUGAAAUAACAUUGCAUACUCCCACACUUCUAUGCAUGGCUAUGUACGAACUUGGGUUUCAUCUAUUGGGGUAGACAUUAAAAGCCAUUCCACCAAUAAAACUACUCUAAAAAUGUCUUAAUAUGCUCACUGUUCUCUGUAGUUGGAAAGGCGUGUCUUGCAUAUAGCCUUCAAGGACUUUACUGGACAGGAGAGAGUCACAUACAGGGUAGUCUGCAACGACUUGCAGGCUGAUGAGGCAAUAGAAGGGACAGUAGUAAACUGCACUCAGGACUUCAUGAUGGUAACUACAUCUUCAAGUUCACUAUCACAUCUUUAUUUUGUUUUUAAUGGUCAAUGUGUCCUCUGAGCCUAAAGAUCUACUGAACUUUUCCUCCUCUCUUUAUGCUUAUUCAGAUCAAGUUUCCAAGGACACUUCCUCAAUUUGACGGGGAGGUAAGUGAACACUAUGAAUCUUGCCUUGGCACAACAGAUGUCUGGCUAUCUGCUCACUCCAUAAUAUCAAAUAACAUUUAGUAACUGACACAAACUUAUCUUGAUUAGAUAUCACAGGCUGUACAAAGUAUUCCAUCAAAACUCUUCUGGGACAUAGGAAUUUAUGAUGGGACACGCUACGUGACAGUCACUACAGGCCAGGCAAGGCAGAUGGGUUAUGUUCUGAAAGCUGAACCUGACUUCUUGGUAAUCAAAGCUUUCUUCAAUGCGUCUGGCCUCCAAAUAUACAAGGUAACUACAAAUACAAAAUGGAUCUCAUCUCAAAAUGACAAUUUGAAGUUGCUAUACUGACACUAACAAAACACUUUCACUAAACUGUGAUUACAAUUCCAAUGCCAAUUAAAAAUGGAAAACUUGCCUAAAUCUGUAGUUGGCUUUGUUAGACUAAACCUUCCCACUCCUGCAUUUUAUCUUAACCUGUAUCUGUUAAUACAUUCAGUUAUUCACUAAAGUGAGAACAUGAAAACUUGGGCCAAAAUAACAAACUUUCAGUUUGCUUUAAAGGACCACUAUAGUGCCAGGAAACACUCGUUUUCCUGGUACACUAGUGCCCUGAGGGUGCCCCACCCUCAGGGUCCCCCUCCUGCCAGGCUCUGGGGAGAGGAAAGGGUUAAACACCUUUCUCCAGCGCUGGGCGGGGAGCUCCCCGCCUCCUCCUCUUCGGCUGAAUGCUCAUGCACAGCAGGAGCUGCACACACAUUUAGCCAGUCUCAUAGGAAAGCAUUAACAAUGUUUUUCUAUGAACGCUGGCGUCUUUUCACUUUUUUUUUUUUUUUUUUCAGUGAGAAGCACGCAAACGCCUCUAGCGGCUGUCAAUGAGACAGCCCCUAGAGGCUGGAUUAACCCUAUCUUUAUAGAAGAAAGGGUUAAUCCUAAAGGGACUUGGCACCCAGACCACUUCAUUAUGCUGAAGUGGCCUGGGUGCCUAGAGUGGUCCUUUAAAGCUAAAAUUCCCUCUUGAAUUCAAAGCAAUCUUCACUCUAGUGAAUGCUAUGCACAGGCUCCUGAGAGAAUCAAAGUGAGAUAUAAAAUGCCUGGUACUCAAUAGUUGCAUAUGGUACUAGGUCUUGCACGCAAGAUUGAACUACAGCAAAGUAUAGUUGAAGACAACUUUGCUUCCCCCUCAGUUUGUAUCAGUACCCCAUUCUAGAGUCACUGAAUGUCAAACUAGGUAAACUUUAGUUUCAUGUGGCGCAUGCUUCCUUGUUUUGAAAGUGUGCAAAACUGGGAUAAAAUGCCAGCAGAAAUGUAUAGCAAACUCUCUCUUCCAUCUUAAGGAGAGUCUGUCAGGUAGGGACUAUUGUAUGUUCUGCACUAAAUAAGACCUGGAAUAAUUGUCCAAAACUGUCUUCCCUUUGCCAGAUGGAAAAUCAGAAUUUGUAUGUUGGAGCUGUUCGUCUGAGUUCUAGAUUUGGUGCUCCAAAGAUUGUUGUUGAUGUCCCAAUGGUUUGUGUUAGAAGUAAGUGAUUCUCUUCCUUAAGCUUAUACAAUGUGCUAACUUUUUUACAGCUCAUGGGUUUUUGUCUGGUAGGUCCCCCCACCUGUAACGAAACACACAUGAUCUUUGUGAUUCCACCAUUUGGUGGGAUCCUAACCAGUAUCAACUUGCAUGGAAUGGACAUCCCACUGGAUACCCAAGCACUUCAACAGUACGGAAUAACUUUAGACAGUCUGAAUGGUCUUCAUCUAUAUAUCAAGAGAAAUUCCCUAAAGGUAACAAAGCUGAUGGUUUGUGUGGGUCAUUGCAAAAUGACCAAUAUAGCAAAAAUAUUGCUUAAAUUAGCUAGGUUCACUAAAACUAUAUAUUUAAGUGAUUCUCUACAUAGAAAGUGGAUAGAAAUAUAACCACCAAUAGAGUAUUCAAAACAAUCCACUAGUUUACAAUUCUCCAGACUACCAUGUAUUUUCAGAUUGUAGCACAGUCUCUGAUCGGUGGUAUCUACAUUGUCAGUGAUGACCCAUUGUGUCUGGAGUGCUAAGAUUUGAUUCUCCAGGGAGGUUGUUCUAGAGUUUUGAGUAGUUGAGGCCUCCAGAAGGUAGCAUAUUUUACGAAGGCCAUGUUGGCUGCAAUAUUCACCCGUAGCUCUGCCAGCAUUCUUUUCAGUUGGUCUGCCUUGACAAGUUACCUUGUGGGAGGUGUAGUGUGACUUCCGUAGUUGAGCGGCAGCUCCCUCACCUGGGUCGGAAGACUUAUUUUUUUUUUUAUUUUUUUUUUUUUUCUCUCCUCUGAGAAGCAGGAGGAUUUGUCUUAACCACCAUUUUGUCCCAUGGUGAUUUGAUUACCUCGCAGUAACUUCAGUUUAUCGGGCCUCUAUCUGCUCUCAGGUUUUUUCACCUUUUGUCCCCCCUCCCCCCAACUGUUGGACUGACUUGCUGUCAGGUGGGUACCCCUCUUCUUCCAUAAUCAGUCUAGCACAGAGCUCUCUAGAGCCCGUCUGCUCAGUUCCACUAUUGGGAAUUGCUGGUUACUAGAAACAUUGUGGGAGUUUUUUUUUUUUUUUUUUUGUCACAGAGCUCCUUGUAUCUCCACCAAGCUUGUGGUGUGGGGACAAUAACUAGGGCUGAGGACCCUAAUGGAGAAUAAGGGUGUUGAUCAGCCAGACUGAACUUGCAUGCAAGGGGGGUGGAUAGCAUGUAUUGACAUGGAUUUUAUUCUGUGAAUAGAUUUUAAAAGCUUUUUUUACAUGAAUGUGGAUAUAUUGUCACUUAAAAUAACUUUCUUUUGCAAAUAUGUUGCUGUCAAAAGGCAUUAUACCAUCUAAUGUAAUUGUAUAAAGUAAUAUGCAAUUACUUGUAUGGUUAGUACAACUUUUUUGUGUAAAAGCAGCAUUAGAAGGACAAAGUAACAUUUUUUUUACUUCUUAGGAUGAUAUUAUUGAUGGCACUCACUGGUACUCCUUAUCGUCACUCAUCUUGACCUUCCAGUUAGGAGAACUAACUGUUCCGAUGCAACUGACUCCAAAAUGUUCAGUAGCUUCAUCACCAUCAAGUAAGUCUAGUAACUUUUGAAUGCCUUGACACUAACCUAAUUAAAUCUAACUAGGUUAUCUCUUAGUAUCAAGCUGCACGAAAAAUGGUUCCAUGAUGUUUGAGAUUGCUGAAGGCUUUACGCAACCAAAGAUUAACUUGGACACUGUAGUCUUUGGCGAUGGCACAUGUCUUCCAAUGAGGAAGACUAGUAGUCUUGUCUACAAAGUACCACUGAACCGUUGUGGGACUAGAAAAAUGGUAAGUUUAAUAACCCUUAUGUUAAAUGUGUGCACAUGUGCAGACUCUCACAAUUUGAUAUUUUCAGUUUGUAGAUGGUAAAAUAUAUUAUGAAAAUGAGGCUCAUGCUCUCUGGAAAGACUUCCCUCCCAGACAAAUUUCCCGGGAUAGUGAAUUAAGGUAUGUUUGUCUAGAUUUAAUCACAUGUAGCUGUAUCUCCUGUAAUACAGAGAAUCCUACCGUAAAACUGUUUUAAAUUUUACCAGUUAAAACUAUAUUGUUAAACUGAAUUCUACUCCCUAUAGGGAUUAACAUAUUCCAUAUAAACCAAUCUUACAAUGUUCAGUCUGCUGUAAUAGGAAUCAAUUUUUUUUAAUAAGGUCAUGUAUGUGAAAUAUACAAUCUUUCUUUCAGAAUUACUGUCCGAUGUUAUUACAAUCCAACUGCCAAUACAAACUUGAUUGUAAAUGUUGGGACUCUUCCACCUCCUUUGCCUACAAUAGGUCAGGGUCCUCUUGUUUUUAAACUUGAGCUUUUCAAAGGUACGUUGCUAUCACCACCAAAAAAAAAAAUCUAAAUCCCAUCUUAUAAAAUUUUAGAUCUACUGACCUAUAUAAAUCUAUUUUAGAUGACUCCUUUGGCAUUGCCUAUGGUGCUAGCCAGUAUCCAGUUAUGAAAAUCCUGAGAGAUCCCCUCUACUUCGAAAUAAGCGUUUUAAACCGUAAUGACCCAAAUAUUGAACUGGUGCUAAAUGACUGUUGGGCAACAAUGUCUCUAGACCCAACUGCUGUACCUCAGUGGAAUGUGGUUGUAGAUGGGUAAGUGUUCAGAGCAGUUGGGUACAACCUGUUGUGGGAUCUCAGUGAAUAUGAAAUUACCAUGUCAAUCUGUGCCUUUAGAAGCUUCAACCAGAUUUUUAUUUUUUUUCUCUCAUCCAUUUUGUAGCUGUCAAGAAGUUAGAGAUAACUUUCAAACUGUAUUCCAUCCUGUUCUCGGAGUAUCUCUACCAAAUCAUAGGAAAAGAUUUGAAGUGAAAGCUUUUGCUUUUGUGACUGGUGGGCAGGCCUCAACUAGCUUGGUAAGUGGUGGUCUAACAAAAAAAUUUAAUUUGGUGUUUUUAAAACUAAAUGCUGCAGGGAUGUAUUUGUUGCACGCUAUCAAAAUUGAUAACAGAUCAUCCUGCAUAGAACUCUCCUAACCUUAGUUUUCUCACGCUAGCUGACCUAACCCCCCCAAAAAUAAAAUGGGGGUUCUGAGCAGAGAGUAUCUGUCAAAUUCUUUUGUUUAAGAAUGCAAUGAAUUUAACUUUUCUAGUAAAGGUUAUCAAGUGUUUUAUAUGCUAAAAUUUAAAUUUCAAACUUUAGUGCCACUGUAGCCUAAGAUUCACUUUGGGUUCCUAUCUGUUUUCACUUGGUGAAUAAACCUAUAAUGCAAUCCAGGGGACUGACUAGUUGACAGACCAUCAAAUGGCAUGCAAGUGCCUACAACCUUUGUCCUGUCAGGUGUAUGGCUACAACUCUGAGGGUGCUAAUCACCCUAUUUAGUCUCUCCAGUACUGCAUCUCAGACCACAUUCAUCCGUGUUUAAACCCAUUAUUGGCUUGUGAUGUACAAGCAGUUUUUUUUUAUUUUUAUUUUUUUAAUAAAAAACACUAAUAGGAGCCCAUGGAGAGAAUCGGAGCGCCAUGUGGUGAGGCAUAAAGACAAACAUAACCACAAAUGGACUAAAUUUAAACAAAGGCUUCCGUUGUGUGCAAUAUAGGAUUGUCUGUUUGCAAUCAGUCUGAAUUAUUUAAGCUAAGAAUUGGACCCAGAAUAAAGGCUCACGAGUGUCAAAUACACUGUCCCUUGGCUGCAGGACUGCAUAAUGAAAGGGGUUAAAGUGACCCUGCCUAAACCGGGUCUCUCCCCUCACACAAUCACAUCCCACGGGGGAAAGCCUUCUAGCUCAACGUCUUGUCUUCAGCUUUACUGUGGGGUGUACUUAUUAUUCCCCGUUUAGGGAGUCUGCUGUUUAAUGUGCUCUUUCUAAUACAUGAGAGAUGGUAUUAAAGCUGUGGCUUAUGUAAAUCUCCAUCUAGUCUCUAAUGUAUGUGUUUCCUGUAGAUCUACUUUCACUGCAGUGCUUUAAUAUGCAAUACUCUGAACCCAGACUCUUCCCUCUGUACCAAAAGGUGUCCAGUAUCCAAGAAAAAGAGGGGUAAGUAUUGGAAGCUUUCAGUACAGCCUACACCUUCCUACAAUGCUUUGCCGUGAACUCCCUUGUAUUCUAUUUUCUAGUGAGUCUUAUGUGCCCUCUAGUGGGGGAGAAAGUGCUCCCUAGGUUUCAACUCCACAUACCUUGAUCCAAACAAAGCUGACUCACUUUCUGCCCUGCUACAGAUCUUCGGUGGUUGAUAAUUUCCUUUUUAGUGAUCUGCCUAUUAGGAAUUGUCUGUAUAUCUUGUCAUACACUAGGCUUAACCUGUAACUUUCUCUUUAAACUAGAUGAGCAACAUGUCUUAAAAGAUGCAUCCUUUGUCAGCCUUCCUGGUCCAGUCCUAUUUACAGCUCGAGCAGCUUCAGUAAAAUAUCAAGGUAUCUUAUUUUUGUGGGGUACAAACUAUGCAGUGACUCUAGAAGUGUAUUCUGUCCACUAACUUAACAAAUGUGUGCUCAAACUGACUCCUUCCUGUAAUAUACAUUGGCUCUGUAUUACAUGGCUUCCCAUGGGUCAAGUUGCAAUAAAGAUCCCACAUUGCCUGCCUCCCCAUUGUACUUGUGCACCUUCUGCUGGUCCAAGAUUAUGAUGAAACAUUUCCUAUUCCAUAGGUGAAACCAAUCUCCUGGAACACCUGACAAUCGGACUCCUCCCUGCCCUUGUAAUUACUGCAGUGAUAGGUCUUGGUGUUUGCUUGCACGUUAUUUUUAAAUGGAAUGCACAACACAUGGCACAAUGAGCACUAAAACGAUCAUUACUUUUUGUAAUAAACUUGGAAAAAUACUUGUCUUGUUGGUAAUUCUUGGUUACAUUUUGGCAGUAAAGGGAAAGCCAGUAAAAGUUUGAUUACACCUAGUAUGUGGGCAGUGGUGUAUUUAGGAUUUGUGCUGCCCUAGGCAGGACCGUGCUUGGGCACCACAAUUUAAACUUUCUCCACCCCUUCCUGUCAAGGCUGCACUUUGACUGACCGAUGCUUGCUCACAUGAUUGAAGUUUAUUUGAAAUCCACCCAGCCUCCCUGGGAGAGCUGGCAUGGAUUGCUUACCUGCAGCCCAGUGGGGCUGCUGUGUGGGCAGGCAGGGGGGCCGGAUAAGCAGAGUAGGCGGUGAGGGAACUUGAAGCUUCCUCGCACUCUGCUUAGUGACGUCCUAUUCUGGCUUCAUUAAGCGGUGCAGGAAGAGCUCAGGUGAGUGCUCCCUCACUGCCAGCUCUUGAGCCCCAGGACAUGAGGCAAACAAGGAUCUGCCUGGGCAUUUGGGGGAGGCAAAAAGGCCACCCCCCCAAAUGCCCAGUCAGAUCCCUUGUUUGCCUUGUGGAAGAUACGUCCCUGCAUAUGGGUCUCUACACUUUUGAGGAGGGAAAAGCGUUGAGCAUAAUUUAUAUAUCCCUAUAAAUUGAUGCCUUCAUUUUUAAUUUUUAUUUUACAAUGUCAGCAAAGGUGUUGGAGGGGAAAGACCAAACAAUAAACUGAGAAAAUUGAGGCCCUAUGAUACUCGAGCAGGGGUCCGUAACCUUCAGCACUCCAGAUGUGAACUACACAUCCCAUGAUUUGCCAGUAAUAUAACAGAAAAUUAUGGGAGAUGUAGGCCACAACCUCUGUAGUGAGGUCCUAGACCUAUGUCUGAAAAUAAAGACAAAGUAACUUUUUUUUUUUUUUUACUACUUUUCUUUAGCUGCACAAGUAAUACACACUAUUGCUGUGUCUUAUGUACUUUUAAACAUAUUCCACUUCAAAUGAGAGGGACCAAAAAGGCACUUAACCUUUUAUAUAAGCACAUGUUGGUGCAAUAAAUGUGAGACAGACAUUAGGAUCAACACAGACAAACUUUGUCUAAAAGUAUAGAACCAGCAAACUGAAGCGGUUAAGACUAAAUAGAUGAAGGUUCCACGAUCCAAUGUUGCUGUAGACUUUGCUGACAGUCUCAGGAGCUCUCCUUGGAGCACAUGCUGGUGACUUGCUUGGUCAGCUCAGGCUGGAUAAUGGUGCUAUAGUUUUGUGCUCAACUGUGGUUUGCAAUACUAUUAAGUAGUCACAAUUCUGACUAAAGGAUGGCCAUCAGCUUAGUUAAAACUUUAUUUAAAAUGCUAAUAUUUUGCAAACUAAAUUUAAAAUGGAAAAACUGAAGCAAAAGUGUGGUGGGAUUUCAACAUGGUUCAAAACUUAGUAGGCCUGAAAUCUCCAUGUGGCAUUGUUGUAGAAUUAUUAGGCCUCUAUAAAUCUGUAAGGCCCCUUUAAAUCCUCUUGCUAUACCUCUAAGAGGCCCCCAUAGUUUUACAAGAAAGCCUUGUCUAUAGAACAUAGAAUUUGCAUGUCAGCAAGAAAUAGCUUUGAUAAAAUGUGUAUUUACUAAAAGCCUUGAAACCUAACCUUGAGAAACUAACAGUGCCAGACUACACUCUAAAUGGAUAGCUGCCAAAAGGCCCCUCCCGUCGAGUGAGCUCCUCAUGUUAGCAAAAUGGCGCUAAAACCUGGAGGAGUUAAAAAUGACGUGGAUAGUGACCUAAGAAUGGGGAGGGCAUUUUACUAACAUCUUAGCACCUAAGCCAAUUAACAAUGUCUAUUUGUCUAUAUAUCUUGAUUUUCUUCAAUGAUGUAAUAAUGCCUUUAAAAGGGUCUGCGCACUCAUUUUCUGUCAGAAGCCAUUAAACUUCUCCGAAGUUCUUUCAUUACCCUGAACUUUGUGUCUCAGUGUGAAUUUACUUCUGCGUGCACGCAACUUUAUUAUCUUUAAUUUGGACAGGAACAGAUAGUCAUUCAAACUAAUUGGUUUGCAGUAAAUUAUCUACUACAGCAUAAACAAGUACAGAUGCUUGUUGUAUCAGCUACAUGUAGCUAAGAUACUGUCAUCAAUGUACUGAGCAUGUGCAUCAACUGUAGUCACAUUCCUUUGUCCUUAAAAGGAGUCAUAUGGUCUGCCCAUAUUAAGUUAUCCUGUUCACGGAUUGGUCUAAGAGUGUGUGGCUAUUGUCAAUAAAUAGCCUGUGCAAACUAUGCUCUGGGCUCAUACCCUUUUGAACACUAGUCCAGUGUGAGACCCGAUCACUGUGUAAAUAAAAGACCUGUUAGUUCCUGAAGAACGGAACAAGUGUGAGUGAGGGGGAGUGUAGAAUCAGGGCAGGGGCGGUCUUGUCUGUGGGUAAGGGGUGGUUUAUUUAUAUAUGCCAUUUUCUGUAAGGGACCCAGCCAUCUUAAUCCCAGCUUGGAACCGCUUCCCACUCUCCCUUUUGUGUUAUGGCUUAUGGUGGUUUCUAUCAUGGAUUUUUAUUUUUUUAUUUUUUUUGGUCACAGCGUAAGGUGGAAAAGGUCCCUUGUCAAUCAGGGUUGGACCAGUGGAAAAGAUUGGGGCUGAUCCCUCCUCUAACCUGUUAUGCUUAUGGGUAAGGCACGUGCCCAGUGGUGUAUUUUGGACUUGUGCUACCCUAGGCACGACUAAAUUUGGGCACCCCAAAAUCUAAAUUUGCCCCCCUAAUUCGUGUCAAGGCCAUUUUUUUUUUUUUUUUUGGAGUGACAGACAUGCCCUCUUGAUACAUGCACUGAUAUACACUCAGUGACAGUCAUUGGCACACAGUUUAACCAACACACAUUCACUGACUGACACACCCACUCACUGACGGGCACACACACUCAGAUACACAUAAAAUAACAUGCACACCCAUUCUCACUCAGACACACUGACAGCUACACUCACAGUAAGGUGGACAGCCCCAGAACACGAGGCAAACAAGGCAUUUGUCUGGGAGCUUGGGCUGGCAUUUUGUUUGGCAACCCUCCUGAAAGUGCCACCCUAGGCAAAUGCCUUGUGGUAAAUACAACCCUGGAUGUGCCCACAGAGGCAGUCCAGUGGUUAGCACAGUUAAUAUUAGGCCAGUUGUGGGGCCUGUUUGGUGUAUAGGACAAAGGGGGAAGGCAAGUGCCAAUGAUCAGCAGGAAUGGUUGACAAGGGCGUGGAAGUUGGAAUGUUAUGGUUACAUUAUGUAAUGUAUUUUAUACUUAUAGAUAUUAAGCUGUGGUCUGUUUGUCACCAUCAAAGUCUUGCGUCUGUUUAUUAAGGUAAAGUAAUACAUCUACACAGUCCCCACUACCUUCACACACGCUCCAUGCAGGCGCGCACACACACUGACUUUUUUGCAGACUGACACUGAAACACACACACACUUAGCUUCAUUUCAUAUCAGUUGACUCUUCAUGUAUGCCUGACAUCUUGAGUGCGACUGGCUGCCUGGCAUCCCAUCACUACCUGUUAUGCUCUCGCUCACUUGUCACCAAGUACAGGGCAGGGGGCUGGAGUGAGAAGUGCACUUCACAUACUGCACCCCUCACAAACCUUGGAUCCCUUUCCAUUGUUAAUACCCACACUGCACCACACCCGACAUCCCUAAUACAUACUCUGGGAACCCUAUCCACACACACCCUCUCUGGCUACACCGCUUAGCUGGGCCUGUACAGGGCCGUUAACAUGGUGCAAACACGUCAGCUGCCCAGGGCCCAGUCACUCCUGGGCCCCUUGUAUUUCAGCAUCUGGCUGGAAGGAAGUGGCGGCCGCGUGUCACUUCCUCCCACAAAGAGGGGAGCGCGCGACAGAAACAAGAGUAAGCAGAGUGGAGGGGGACUGGCCGAGAGAGUCAGACCCUAACUCACAACACCUUCAGCAACCAGCAGGAAAGCCAGCCUCCAAGGUAUGAAACUGGAGGGUGGGUUUAAAAGUGUAAAUUUUGUAUGUCAAUGUUUGUCAGGGUGAGUGUGUGCCAGUAUGUCUGUCAGUGUGCAUCAGUAUGUCUGUGUGCAUGUCUGUCAGUUUGUCUGUCUCUAUAUGUGCCAGUAUAUCUGUUAGUGUGUAUCUGUAUGAAGUCUGUGUGUAUCUGUAUGUUGUCUUUGUGUUUUGGUGUAUCUAUGUGUGUCUCUGUGAAUUUGCAUGUUUGUCAGGUUGUGUGUCUGUAUGUCUACAUGUGCCAGUGUGGAUAUCAGUGUGUCUGCAUGUGUUUCAGUGUGAAUAUGUGCAUACAUCUCAGCAUUCACAUACUAACACUACACACAAAUACACUCCUGCAUCCAAACUUCAACACUACGUACAAACACACGUCUGUGUCACACACCAAAAUUCUAUGUAAAUACACCCCUGCAUUCAAAAACCAACACUACACAUAAAUACAUGCUUGCAGUCACGCCAACACCACAUACAAAAACCUGUUUACAUUUAAACACACAAAAACUGCUUAGUGCUAAAUACAAACCUGCAAACAUGGGUAAAUGGUAGAGCCCCAGCUCUGGAGUUGCACGACAAAUGGGGAUUUACCUUUUAAUCACCUGAGCAAUAGGGUGACCCAAAGAAAUUCUUGCACCUCUCUACUUUAGGUCUGCCACUGAGUUGGGGUGGAGGACAUGAUUGCACGCCUGGGGAGAGGGACAGGGUCAAUAUUAAACACGGCCCUGGGCCUGUCUGAUUAAAAAUUCUGAGUCCAAAUUUUUUCGUUGUCUGACCCUGUGCACAGCCCACAUAACCUCCGCGUCAGUACAUAACAAGUAUAAUUCCUCAACAUUUAUAGAUGUUACCCUAAAACAAUAGGGCCUGCUGCCUACGGGACUUCAAAAAUAAAAAAAAUAUGGAUUAUAUUAUAUGAAGAUUAUAUAUUCCAUCUAUCCUUGAACAGCCUUCUCUGUAAGUACAGUCUUGUGGUUAAAAGCAUUAGUGUACAGUGCCUUAGUGCUGAAUUUAAACAGGCUCGACAUUCUGGAACUGGAACUGUUAGGAGACGAUGGUAAGAGACUUUGUGUAAUAGAAAAAUCUGUUUUAUGGAAAUGAAUGUUAAAAUUCUGUCUUUCCAGAAGCAUGCAUCACUCUGCUACAUUCUUGUAUCCCUUAACGCUCUCUUGCCUAGAGCCAAACAUUAUCCAAUAUCUGAAAAUGAUUGCAUAUAUUGUUAUAAGAUGACAGACCUAUCUUUGAACGGAAUAAUGUAAAGUGAGGUAUCACAGUGGUCUUGCAACAUUUAAGGUCAAAUUGCAAGUAAUCAGUUACGUUGUAAACUAUGUAAUAUAUAAUGCUCAGCAUUGAUGAUUUGUUAUAGUAUGGCUAUGAGUUAAAGAAACACUAUAGUCACCCAGACCACUUUAUCUCAAUGAAGUAUUCUGAGUGCAGUGAUGAGUGCAGUGAUCCUGUCCUUUUAACCCUGCAAGAUAAACGGCAAUGUUUACAUUGCAGGGUUGAGUCUACCUUUAGUGGCUGUCAUACUAUAUUGAAUCCAAUGCUUUCUUGAAUUCACAUACAGUGUUCGCCGUGCAUGUGCAUCAGCUCCCCAAUGCUCCUCUAUGAGAUACAUUGGAUUGGAUUAUUACAGAGAUCUGGGUACUGGCCUUAGUGUGAGUUCUAUUAAAGUGCAUUUUUAAAAACUCUCAACCUUAUUUGUAAAUUAUUGGUCCUGUUGUGCUCAUAUGUUGUCGAUUCUGUACUGUUGUAAUAAAAAUAAGGCCACCUCUAUGCAUUCUGAAUUUGUAAUUAUUUUUUAUUUAACCCAACUUCUAAAUACUUAUCUUCUCAUUACAACCAAUAAUAGAUGUAUCUGAUUUUUAAUUAUGAAAUGGAAAAAAAAACACAAAAUAUAAUGUGUGCCACAGGGAUUAUGCUGCAGCUAAAACAUGAUUUGUGGAGCAUAACUGAUUGCUGUCCUUAGUACUUCAUGGAAUCCAUGUAACCAGGCUUCUAGGCCUCAGGGACCAACGACAAGUACUGUGAGUAAAACAGUUUUUCUGUACAAUAGCCGUGGAAUUCAGAUGAGUAAAACAGGCAUUUAAAGCUGUACAGCAUUGUAUGUAGUCAAUUUUUAUUUGCAUGUAAAUGAGGUUCCAGAGGUGUUAUCAGGCAAUUCUGAAUUGAGAUAUAUUUAUAUUAUAUUAUAUUUGGCUAGUUUUAUAAUUUGAUUUAAAGGUAUUGAGGGACCUACUCUCCAUAAUAAUAAUUAAUGGUAAGGGGCUUCCUUUGGGUAAUUAAGAAUUAUGGGGUUAGAGAGAGAAUGAGGAGAAUGUAUUUUGUUUUAUUUAUUUGAACAAAGAUAACUAAAAUUCCCCUUUCAAAUCCUCACAGAUGGAGGAUUAUAUAGCGAAAUAUGAAGCUAUAUCAGUGAUGGCUAACCUUCAUACCAUAAAUAGUUUUUGGACUGCAUUUCCAAUGAUGCUCAGCUAACUUUUAGACUCUAAAAGCUAGCUGAGCAUCAUGGGAAAUGUAGUCCAGAAACAAUUUAUGGUGUCAAGGUUAGCAAUUACUGAGCUAUAGUGUUCUUUUAAAAUUUAAAGGAAUGUGAAAAAUCACUUGAUUAUGGGAGGCCAUACAUAAUUUCCCCACGUUCCUUUUUAAUCAUCCACUUUUAUGUUCUUUUCAUAUGUGCAAUUAGCACAAUAAUUAUUUAAAAUGCAGGCUAAAACAGUAAUUUAAUUUGUAGUCGACUAUUCGGGAAUACCUUAAAUUGGAAAAAUUACCAGUUUACACAUUUUUCUUUUUAUUUAUGAUUCAUCCUAUACAAAAUAUGGUGGUGUCCAUUAUCUCCCAGUAUUUUUUACUUUAUUAUUAUUUUUUUUUUUUUAUCCAUAAGCAGAAUACAAUGUUGUCACAUUCAGUGCUUGCAACAAAACUCAGUUACUAAAAUGGUCAAUAACUCUGCUUUUGGAUAUUUUGUAAGAGACGUGUAGACAUUUAUAGGAGUAGCUUUCUAGUUAUGGGCAUACGUAAAUGUUCCAAGUUUUUCGAAUGAAAAGUUAUAUUUCUAAAACUGUGUACUUUGCCUUUAAGAGAUUUUGCAAACUGACAAUUUGUUAGAAAGUGAAAAUAUUGUUUCUUUAACAACACAAAUUUUUUUAUGGUGGACUUUUCUCAUAACAAGUUUGUUAUUUAGUGACUCUUUUUCUGUACACUUUCUUUAAUAAAUUAUCUCUUACCCUUAUUCAGUGAAUAUGGUGCUCAGACUUUAGGACACCAUCUUGUCCUAGGUUAGUGGAAUUCCCCAAGUCAGGGAAUUUCCCAUGUCAUGUGCACCCUUAUGUUUUAGUCUAAACAUAAAUAAGCUGCGUGGGUCAUGACAAUAUGAUGUUCCCAUUUGAAAUGACCAAGUCAUGGCCUCAUAUCUUUGCCAAGUUAAUGUAGGUCCUAACAUGGCCUAAUUUAAAAUCUAAGGUAUAAAAAUGUGUACUUAUUAAUAUUAGGGACACUGAGAUGCUGCUCCAUUUUAUCAUGACUGAGAGGUUGACUUGUUCAAGAGGGUAUGUUAUUCUAUUUUAUUGAUAUUGCAAGAAUAUACGUUAGCCUCUACUAUAAAUUAUUGUAAUGGAUUAUUGAGUUUUUAUAUCUCUAUAUUUAUAUUUUUAUUUAAUAAAAUAAUUCAAAAUACAAAGCUUUAUUGCCUCCAAGACAAUCUCUAUUUUUAUUGUAAUCGCAAUUAUUUAAAUAAUAGAGAAACUCUUCCAAACUAUAGAAUAUUAUAGCUAAUAUAUCUCUCCCUGCUAAAUUCUAUGCUUUAAGAUGUUAAAGUGGUAAAUAGGGGAACCAGCAGCAGUUGCACCUGAAGUGACACCAGAAUGUAAUAAUAAUGCUUGUAGCAGGACACCGUGCCCUACACUGAAAGUACAAUUGCACCUGGUAUCUAAAAUAUAUAGGACAUAGGACAGGGAAGUGGGACCCAUCUUAAGCUCAUUACCCAAAGAACGCUCUUACCAUCUAGCACAUUCUCAUGCCAGUGAGUUCAUCAUUGUCCACUGCAAGUCAUACAUACACUACGCUCCACGGUAUGAGUACCCACAGCAUUGUGGUAGGUGUAGUGUAAACCAUCACUAUCUUUAACACGUCAAGUGCUCAUCAAACUACAAUGCUUAGAAUGCAUGGCGACUAAGCGUGCUCUGGCUUUCUGGUGAUUAUUUCCCAUGGAAUCAACCUUGUGACCCAAUUUGCUCUCCAUCUGGCAGUGCUAUCUUUAUUCAGAAUAUAUUUGCUAAAAUAAUAGCAGACAUAGUGGUGAACAAUACAAUGGUGCACUAGCACAAUUAGUAGUGAGAAACACAAAGAAAGACUAGUGGUGAGCAAACCAAAGACACAAUACUAGUAUACUGUGUAUUGGUACACAGUACAUACACAUCCUCCAGACCCAAUACCCCCAAACAUAGCCCCUAUCCCUUCAAAACACAAUUUACAGCCCACAUCACCCACACACCCUACAGCCCUAAUCUUUCUAAACACACACUAUAA